CCUCAACAAAGAACCCACACACUAUAGAUACUCCUAAACCAUCGAUGAUGGCAUACAUCCCCAUUACGUCACCACCCCCAGAUCCAGAAACCCAGACCAUCCAGAUUUAUAACCCCUUUCACGCCAUUAGUCAAUGCCACCUAACUUAGCCAGCUCAAUCAAUCCUCGCCCAAAAAAAAAUAAAAUGCCUCGCAUCCCCUCUCCAUCUUUUAAGUUGACAAGACAAAUCCCAUCUGCAACAAGAACCCUCCUCAACAUAUCAACCCCAAAAACACUCACCCUCACUACCUCCCGGAUCAUCCGGCUCCCUCUACCUGCAGCAACAUCCCCCAAACGAAACCACAGCACAACAUCAAAUCUCAACAAAUACACCGCCGGGAACAUGACGAGUCAACCCCCCAAAAACGAGAUGGUCUAUUUCCCCGGCGUCAUGUCGCCGAGCCGGAAGUUCGGGGUGUUCCGCAAGGUUCUCCACACGGGCUUGUACUCGCAGUUUGUGGCCAUGGAGGUGCCGGUUAAUGGGGAGAUUGGGGAUGAGGUGCAUACAGUUGACCAGACUUUGAUUUUCACACACGGGACGGGUAAGGCGAUUGUCGCUGGCAAGGAGCAAGAGGUGAAGCAGGGGGAUGUGGUGAUUGUGCCGGCGGGAACGCAGCACCAGUUCCUGAAUGCGGGCAAUACGCCCCUCGAGUUGGUGACUAUCUAUGCUCCCGCGGAGCACGAUCCUCGCACGGUGCACCAGACUAAGGAGGAAGGCGACGCCCAAGAGGAGGCGGGUGAGGAUGAAGCGCCAGAGUGGAGUCAGCGGAGUAAGAGCGAGAACGAGAGGAUUGGAUUGGUCAAGGUGCCACAAUAGCUGGAAUUGGCAACGGAAAUCAUGUCCAAUCUAGUAUUCCAUAAAGCACAGAUGAUUCAUUGAAACAGCAACACUGCAGUCAAUUGCGACGUUCUUCUGAUGAUCCAACCAUGUUAUCCAUAAACCUCCCCACUUUAGCUUUCGG